GCAAGCGUCGUGCACACAUGUGGAAGCGGUUUACCGAGUCCAAGCUCGCGGUCGGGCUCGUCAUUUUGAUCCUCUCGCGGACCGUCGACCGCGUCUACUACACGCGCAUCACGUACGAGUACAAUGACUUUUUAUGGUACUUUGCCAACAUCAUUUGCCCGAUUUCGUACAUUGUCACGUCGUGGCCCGUCGUGUGGUACAAAAUGUGGUUUACGGACGAAAUCACACCCGAAAUGCGCGCGUUCCCGCACUACAAAUUCAUGAUCAUGGGUCUCUUUGACACUCUCUACAACCUCCUCUCGUCCUUCCCAACGCCGCACAUUGGUGGCAACCUCGCCAACGCGCUCAACCAGCUCAACCUGCCGUUCAACAUGGUGCUCUCGUUCAUCUUCCUCGCCACGCGCUACAAGAAGAUGCACAUCCUUGGCGCUGUCCUCGUCUUGUACGGUGCCCUCGUCUGCAUGAUCCCCGUCUUCCAAGGUCAAGCCGCGGCCAACAUGCCCGACCCGACCGCCGGCUGGAUCCUUCUCUACAUUGUCAGCCUUCUUCCGGCCGCGGGCUCCAACGUCUACAAGGAAAUUGGCUUGAAGGACGUCGAUUUGGACAUCUGGUACACGAACGCAUGGGUCAGCUUCUACCAAGUGGGCUGGGGCCUCUUGACGAUCUGGACGAUCCGCUUUGACGCGUUCUGCGACCCGCCCGUGGAAUGGAUGGACUUUCCGCACUACGUCACGCAGGCCCACGAGUGCUUCUUGGGCAAUCCCGCCGAGUUUGGUGGCAAGACGAUUGCGUGUGACCAAGGCGUCUUUGGGACGUUCCUUCUCUACAUCUUCUUCAACGUCGUCUACAACCAGUUGAUGCUGUACAUCUUCAAGGAAGGCAGCAGUGUCCUUUUCGUCGUCUCGUCGGCAGUUUGCCUCCCGCUCACGGACAUUCUGUACAUGGUGCCGUUCCUUGCGGGGCCCCAAGCGACGCAGUCGUUUACGAUCUUUGACGGCUUUGCGCUCUUCAUCCUCAUCAUUGGCAUGCUCAUCUACCACUCGGAGAAGGAGGAGCGCGUCGACACGGCCGACGGCAAGCUCCUGGCCAAGUCGCCCAUGUUUUCGUCGCCCAGCAUGCGUCAAGCACAGAUCAUGCGCGGGAAGCGCACCGGCAACUACCGCCAGAUCCCGGCCUUCAAGAAGAAGCUCGCGUCGCCGCACCGGUCCAAGUACGGCGCGGCUGCGGCAACCGACGACAAUAUUGUCUAGAGUGCCAAGUGAACUAUCAAUUGUUCAAUACACAAUAUUUUGAC